AUGAAGAAAGUGACACCUCAUGCCAUCGCUUACAUUGUUCGUUUCGCUUUAUCCAGAGUUUCAUCUUGGCGCACUGUGGACAGUGACUUUGAUUAUGAAAUUUUUUGGACUAAUAUUGUGACCUGUUUUGAACUUGUCCCUGGCCCUGUCACUAGACAUAAGAUGAAUGCGCUCCUGGAGUGGUGGACGAGGAAAGUUUUUGGUACCAACCAUCGUCAGGACCUGACGCCUGAGGUCGUGUCUCAAAUGUCCAUCAACGCACUAGCCAAACAGAGGAGGAUGCUGGAGGAUGCUGUUUUUGACUCGGAGUAA